AGAUAAGAUUAAACUCAGUCGCACACAGUGAAGGUGUUGCUAUAUUUCGUUUCAGUUAAAUAUGGAAGAAGAUAGUGGCUUACAAGAAAUUACCAACGAGGAUUUGGCCUUGUUCAAGGAUGCUUUGACUGGAGCAGGCUGUGAUAAUCUUGAGGUGAAGAUUUACACCAUCAAACGGAUAGCUUCAUUAGCCAAAGUACUAGGGCCUGAAAGAACAAUUUCAGAACUACUGGAAUUCAUAGAUUCCCAACUGGACUGUUUAGAAGAUGAAGUCCUAUGCGGUUUGGUAGAAGAACUAGAGCUCUUCCUACCGCUGGUUGGUGGACCAGAUCACUGUUACGAGUUGUUCUCAAUACUCCUGAAGAUCAGCAGAUCGGUUGACGAAACGUUGGUCAGGAAUAAGGCAGUAGAAGCCAUCAAGAAUCUGCUGAGCGAAAUUGAUCAGCAACUUACAGAGAAGUUUGUUGUUGCCAAUUUGGUUGGUAACAAUGACAAUGUUUGGUUUUCUGAGAAAUGUUCAACACUAUCGCUCAUACCAGUUUGCUACCCAAAAGCUUCUUCAGAUAACAAAAUACUCCUCAGAGAAAAAUACUGUCAAAUGUUCGAAGACACUUCAGCCCUCGUUAGAAAACUGGCUGCCAUUGGCCUUCCUGACUUCAUCAAUGUCUUGCAGAUGGAGCAUGUUUUGAAGGAGAUAGUGCCUUUGUUGAACCUCAUCGUAGAAGAUGAACAGGAAGCAGUGAGGAUGAGUGCAAUCGACGUAGCUCUCAGCAUAGCGUGCAAAUCGAAAAACCAGGAAAUACGAAAUAACAUGUUCGAUGUUGUUAAAAAACAAUGUGAGAAAAACUCAUGGAGAUUACGCCAAAAAGUUGCAAUGGCCAUCAACGAAAUUGCUGCAGUGUUCGGUGAAGAAGAUUUAAUCGAAAAUAUCCUCGAAAUGUACGAUAGCCUCAUCAACGAUAGAUCCACAGAAGUGAGAAUAGAAGCCGUGCUGAAUCUGUACAACUUCGCAGAGAGCCUCCACACCAAACUCAGUACAAUAGAAGAACCCAAACGAACGUUUGACGAAAUAUUCCUCCAGGAGUUAAUGCCUACUAUCAUCUCCAUAACCCACGAUUUUACAGAUGAGGUCAAAAUAGCUUUCUCCUCGGUUGUUUUAUCCUUAGGGCUCCUGAUACCAGAUGAAGUCUUCAAGGAGACCAUACUGUCAAUUGUGAUUAACGGAUUAGAAAAAGACAUGCCUUUGAUGUUCAAGGAGAACAUCCUCAUGAACCUAGGUUUUCUACCAAAAGAUGUUGAUCUCAUCAAAUCUCUCUCCUCCAUCAAGAACAUCAUAAAGCACAUUCUGGUGACCUCAGAAACGUCUUGGAGAACCAGAAGAAGUCUUCUGGUUAGCUUCGUCCAUGUCUGUAAAUUUUGUUCCGUAGAAUAUUUCCAGGAGAAUCUUCUAGUUUAUUACAUCCUUCUACUGAAGGACAACAUUUAUGCCGUUAGAAGAACAGCAGCAACUAUAAUUCCAAUUCUUACGAAAAGAUUUGGAAUUCACUUCUUCAUACGUGAAAUAAUGCCUCAAAUCAUGGAUGUACUCAAAAGCAGAAAAUACCUAAUGAGGUAUGUGGUGUUAUUCUGCAUUCAGGAGUUGAUAUUCCCAACUGUGAUUGCUUAUAAGAUACCAUGCGAUAAAGAUAUAUAUAUGAAAGAUCUAAAAGCGUUGUUGGAGAAGGACGAGAAGAAAUAUGGUAGAGUGUUGUGUAGGAUAUGGAGUCUAAAUAAAAGAUUGAAAGAAGCUCUGGAAAAAGAACCAGUGAGAGCUGUGAUCACUACAUACACUGACGAUUACAACAUCAGUGAAGAAAAUAUAAAAAUAUACUCAGAAGAAUUGUUAGAUCCUCUGACCAAACAGGAAGAAGACAUUUUUUCUGUAGGAUCCAGUAAUGAUAAAGAAGAAGUAUGUUAUCUAGAAGGUAUACUUAUUCUCCUCAACAAAGUUAUUCUGGAUAUACUCAAAUCUAUGUUGGAAGAUCCAACGAAGAACGUACAGGAACGGACUAAGUACGUAUUCACACUAAUCAAAAAAUUUUCGAACGAAUUGAACAAAAAGUUGACAGUUGAUUGGGUAAGCACCUGCAUUUCGAAGGUGGAGGAAACUUCUUGGGCAGAAAUAGAGAAACAAUUAGAUGAAGAGAUUGAUAAAGCUGUGAUAGAUUGCAAGGAAGCUGAGAAAAUUGAUACCGAUUUGAUGGAUACAAUAUCUGUCGAUUCCUCCUCAGUGGAUAUUAAAAAAAUUGAUAUUCCCAAAUUGGAAGUUUUUCCAAGCGAUCAUCUCAAAUCUGAGGAAAGUCAUUUUGAGCAGAUGGAAAGUGUUGACGAAGAGAAGUGUAGAGAUUCGAAUUGCUGAUAUAUACGGGUACCUGUUUAGUUGUUAACUUUGGUUACGAGUUUUCUGAAAGUUUAUUUUGUAUAUAUUAUUGUAAAUAAAUAUCGGUAACAAUAUACUCAAUAUAAUAAAGAGUAUGGAACCAGGA